GUGUGUGGGUCGGGUAAACGCCACCCUCCGCGACGGGGUGUGUGCGUGUGUGGGUGCGUGUGGCGGCGCACCAACCGCCCCCGGGGGUUUCCCUUCUUCGUUGGUCGUCGCGCAGUCGAGCAACCCCGUGCUGCUCGACAGCUCAGUUGCCCAUCGCCGCGACGACGACACAGUUGCGCCACGACGACAGACAGACAGACAUCAUCCGUACCGGGACAGAGCCCCGAGCAAAGUUGGACACACGCCACGCCGUUGUUCGCCGUCGUACGCCGUCGCAGAUCCUCGUAUCCUCGUUCCGAAGGUACCGCCGACCAAGGUGCUUUUGGCCAGGUCGCGCGCAGCGAGCGCCGGAGGUUCGAGGAAUCAUCAUCGGGAAAUAAUCGGUGUCCACGCGGUCCGAUCAUCGGCCGCGCGCUAUUAUAGGAUACCCGGCGUCGAGAAACCGCGGGGUCGGCGGGUCCGACGGAUCCGGUGACGUGUGCUACGCGAACGAAGUUCCCGCGGUGUUCAGUACCCAUGAAGACCGUCGAGCGGGAGUCACAGUGAAACGGAAAAGAGGACGAUCGCCGGACCUAUAGCUGGCUAAUGGGCCGAGUUAGCUGAUACCGACGUGGAUCCGUAAUCCCCGGCGGCAGCGGAGGCGGAGGAGGAGGAGGAGGAGGAGGAGGCGGAGGAGAAGAAGAAGAUCGGCCAGGCUGCGCCAGUGGCUUCCCGGAGGUGGCAGCGCCGUGCCAGGAGAAGACUCUGUUGCCCUUGAAAUUCGAUCCCCGCGCGAGUAGAAUGAAAGGAAGCGGUUCCACGAAUCUCCGCGCGCAUCGCUGAGCUCCGGGGAGAGUUUUGUUCGGUGAAUGAGCCCGUCACGUGCUAUCGUUCCCCUGAAUAGAAUUCCCGGGCAGAGAUAAUGUUCUAGUUGUCGUCGGAACGGGUUCGCCGAGCAACUGUACCCGGUGGCGGCCGUGGAACGCGGGAAUAUCUGUACCUGAUCACAACGAAAGCAUCCGUUCAACGAAGAAGACAGUCUUCAGGACCGGGGGAGAAACAGUGCGAAUGUUAGAGACGCGUAGUUGAUAGACAGUAGAAUUGUGUUCUCCAGUGUGAAAGCGAAACGGAGAAAAGGGGGUGUUUGCUCGAUCGGCGGAGGAACAGGGAGCCUGGUUUGUUCCCGGAGUCGUCGCUCGCGUUGCCGUCGCUCGCCGCGACAGCCAGCAGCCGAGCUCCGCUUGCCAUUCUCGUCGCGGCGGAACGCGAGCUUCUCGCUCUAUACAACGAAGAUCGAUCGAGGGCACGACACAGUAAGCACUAUAUUAAUCUACGCCGCUUAACGAUCACGCCGAUCCGAGGUGUUCGUUCCCCGAUGAUGGAGAUCUAUGAGGACACCUAGGGCCGCCGGCGGGUGUCCAAACGAGCGCCGUGUCUUGCUCCGCUCAGCAGCGCGAACUAGCUCUCGUAUAUUUUUGCAAGCCGAUCGAGCCGAGGGACGCUCUGCGACGGGCCUACGUCGAAAUCAUCGCCAGUCCGGAGAAACGGAAGCUGGCCGCGGGAGGACAUCGGAAGCGUCGCUAUCGCUCGCAGCAAACCGUCGGAUGGCGCGUCGACAGUAAUGCCAGGGCCUAGCCGCUCGAAACGCUGUUUCGCUGUUUCCUCGCGUCGAUCGAUCGUCGGCCGCCGAUCAUCGUCCCCGUGCAUCGAACACACCCCCGAAUCGAUCAACGAAUACGCAGAAUCCUCAUUGUUCUCGCCGCCGCGCCCCAUAUAGUUCCUAAUAAGCGUCGCCCGCGGAGGAGCAGUCGCGCGAACGCGAAACGAUCCGCGACGCCGAGAAAUCUUUUCGCGGCGGAGAGAAGCGGCGGAUCGGAUCCCGUCGAUACACAGCGAAAUUCACCACCGGGACAUCGUGAACGCGGGAGGAUGUUGUUUUAAGCGUGCCGGAUCCCACGACGAUAGUACAAAGAUGCCGCAGCGAUCGCCGUUCGCGAUCCAGGAGCUGCUGGGCCUGAACGGCGCCGGAAACGGAAGCGGCACCGAUCGCGGUUCACCCCAGGCGUCGCCGCCGGCCGGCGUCUCGGCGGUCUCGUACGCGCCAACGGCGCCUCAUCACAAGCUAUGGGACUACAUGCCCAGCCUGACGAACCAUCUGGGCAAUCUGGGGAAUCUUGGGAAUCUGGGCAACCUCACGGCCUCCAGGAUGGCCUACCUGAAUGCGCAGGCGGCCGUCGCCGCUGCCUUCCUGCCGCCGCCCCACCCCCACCCCGCGCACCAUGUACCUCAUCAUCAGGUACAUCAACCGGGACAACUUCCGGCCUCGCCUGCCGGCGUCAACGUGCAUCCGGCGGCACACGCGCAGCACGUACUUCCGGGCACCGCCGUCACCGUGAAUCAUCAUCAGCACAGUCCGAAUCAGCACACACCACCCCAUGGAUUCUCUCAGUCGAAGGGCUCCUUCUCAAAUCCUAGUCCAGGAGUGGGGCACAACAUAGAUUCAGGAAAGGAUUUCACGGUCGACGGUCUCUCCGGUUUCAGCAAAAAGAAGAAGAAGAAGCGCCGUCAUAGCUCCAGGACGAUCUUCACGUCGCAACAGCUGGAGGAGCUGGAGGCAGCGUUCAAAGAGGCCCAUUAUCCUGACGUCUAUGCUCGCGAGAUGCUCAGUCUCCGAACCGAUCUGCCCGAAGACAGGAUACAGGUGUGGUUUCAAAACCGGAGAGCAAAAUGGCGCAAAACCGAGAAAUGCUGGGGCAGGAGCACCAUAAUGGCGGAGUACGGGCUCUACGGAGCAAUGGUGCGACACUCCUUGCCGCUUCCAGAAACCAUCCUGAAAAGCGCCAAGGAGAACGAGUCGGUGGCGCCGUGGUUGUUGGCUCAAUCAUCUAAGACGAGCAGCUUUAGUCAAGAUAUCGAAAAUAAUCAAGAACUGAUUGACUGUGGCCCCGCAGGGAUGCACCGGAAGUCAAUCGAAGCGGCGGAGCAUCUCAAGUCUGGCGGCGAGGACAGUGGAAAUGACCACAACGGAAGCGGAAGCAGCCCCCAUCACAGCCAUCACCAAGGCGGACCGACUAGCUCGGAGAGCGGACAAGAAAGCCAGGAUGGUAUAGGACCUUCCUCCUCGUCAGGGAUCGUCCAAGACACGGAGCAGCUGAGGAACGAGAGCAUCGCCUGUCUGAGGGCGAAAGCGCAGCAGCACCAGCUCCAGCUGAGCCUGCAGCCAACGGCGGCGCCGACCAGCGCGGCGUAUCCAGCAGGUCCUCAGACGAGCACGCUGCACGCCUCGGUUUAAUCACCGUUUCGCCUCGUUUCCCGCGAGCCGACCAACCUGGGAAACGUUCGCGAUACCUGAGACAGUCUGCUUCCGGCUGAGGAACCGCGGCGGACUCGGCGACCGGUUCGGCACCUGUAACCCUCGGUCCUCGUCUUCAGCGUCUUUCGCCGAUCCCGGUCGAGAUAGUCGACGAAUGUUGCGUCCACCGGGAUACGUGAAACGCGCGUCGAGUCUUCUCGAGUCCUCGAAGAGGAUGACGGAUUGGGCCGGAGGGAUCGGGCCGGACGGGGACCGUCAGAGAGAGAGCCGGACGGGGAAUAAUCGCCGGGGUGCCGCCCUCGGAGGGUGUCGCGUGGCAGAAUUCGAAUCUCGGAGACUGAAUCAGGGUAAAAAAAAAGAGAACAGUCUGGUGGAGCUGCCUACCGGUAAUGUACAAACGGCGCACACUACAUGCACAACGAACACGCCGCCAUGAUCGGGCUGGCGUCAUCGAAGCGAUCGCGAGUAUCGCGCUGGGCCUACGCUGUUCUCGCGUUUCGCGUUUCUUGUUCCCGAGCCCCGGGCAACGGGGUACGGGGAACGGGGAACGGAACGAGCAACGAGAAUCACACGCUUCGUAGUAGUCGGUCCUCAUCAACGAAACGGUGGCCUACGGACGGCCGGCACGAAUGGGGCGGAUCAUCGAUCGCGGACCGAGGAUACCGCCUCCGCCCGCUCGAACCUCCUCUCCGAAUCGCGAACCGUGUCCUCUCGCGUCCCGAGGAGACCCGCGGAGACCCGAUAACUAAUUAGAAAGCUGUAGCCGCUUUGAUAGACCGCGUGCCUGCGUCGAGCACGCCGCACGCAAUCCGUAUCGCGCGUUAGAGGGCGCGUUCGUGACGGAGCCGCGACGAGUCGGAGCGAAACGAAGACUAGAGCGAAGCAAGCUAAAGCGAAGCACGCUAGA